GAUUUAUAUACUAUAUGUAUAUACACAUGUACAUAUUACAGAUGUUGGUGAAUGUACACAUUCACAUUUGCAUGCAGCUUGACUUUUAGUCAGCUGUUAUUGACGGUUCGUUUGGUACUUUUUAAUGCAACACUGAACUACUCUCACGAAGUGAUUCUCUCAUUCAUUUUCAUCGAGAUGUGUGUAUGAUUAUCCUAUGUUAUACUACAAAAAUUUUCACCAUUUAUUAGCCACGACAAGAUAAUUCUCAUUUCUUAGCAGACGUAUUUGAAAGGCAGGUGUAACUAGAAGAUAACACGUAGUGAAAAAAUCGAAUUCAAUUUAUUCUUCAUAGUUGGUUACAUUUGUGGAAAAUAUUUGGAAAUAUUUAAUUUACUGCUGUGUUUUCUAUUAAAUAUAAGAAAAUAUAGGAGCACUCUUCCUAAAGUCGAUAGAUGUGUUCAAAGAAAAUGUAUUCAAAGUGAAACGUAUUUGUAUGUGAUGAUUUCAUGUGCUUUGUUUUGAAAUCGAGGUAAAUGUGAAUGUCGUUAUUGGCAAGUGUGUAUCAAACGUGAGAAAAGUAAAAGCAAGUAAACUAAAAUAUUAAAAAAAAAGAUAUAGGUGUAUGUGAUUUUGCAAUGAAUGUAUUUGAAUAAACAUAAAAAGAAAACGCCUAAACGUGAAAACAUAAAGCAAGAAGAAAUAUUUUUCGACAAUCAUCUUCAAUGUCGAACUGAGAGAAAGCCUGUGUGAAAUAAAGCAAACAAACCGGAAGCGGAUAUUUGACUUCAUCGCUCAGUAUAUGUACAUACUAUAUUAUAAAAAGAUAACAAGUUAUAACUUGCAAAUAUGGCGCAGAUUGGAACAUAAAGUAAUUUUGUUUUUAAUUUUUACUUUAUAACAGAGUAUUUAAAACAUCAUUGACUUAUUGACUAUUAAAGAGAUGACAAAUUACACAUCGUAACUCACUGUUAAAAGAGUAAAGUUUCAUAACCGGAAGAAGUUAUGAGAGUUUAUUGUACACGAAAACACUAUAGCUAUCAUGACAACAUGAUUUUCUCAUCUUAGAAGGAAAGGUAAAAACAACGUAAAUUAUGCCACGUGAGAGGAGCUGAAAUCGAUUUAUUUUUGGAACGGCGUAUCGUUAGUGGCUAUCAUCAAACCGAUAAACAGUUAUAUAUACAUAUAUUUAUAUAUAUGCAUAUAAACAAGUCGCAUUAAUCUACCUUACUCACACGCAGGCCAUCGCCCUAGUGUUAUAUCAAUCAAAUAAAGAUAUUUGCCACCGCUAAAACGAUUUUCAUAAAGUAGCGGUUAGUUGCAGUCAUGCUGAAUCCCAAUCACACGGGUGCAACGCGACGACCUUUCUCGCGGAAUGCACCAUCACGCAAUCAUCGCUGCCGGCUGCUCUUCUCCCCGCACAAUCAAUCACAUCACUUAUUGCAACAGCAGCAGCAGAUACAAGCACAUGCACACACACAUGCGCACGGUCAACCACGAAGCGGAAAUGGCAACGGCAACGGCAACGCCGCUAGCAGCAGCAGUACUAGUUCCUCGACCGGGCAUGGUGGACAAUGGUAUAAUAAUAACAAGGAUGGCAAUAUUGACAACUGGAAUACACUUGGCGAUAUACAAACAUGUAAUAAUAAGAGUGGAAGUUGUCCUAAUAAUUGCCAAGGAAAUUACUAUAGCCACCACAACCAAUACAACAACCACCAUCACCACCUCAGUCACAAUAUUCACAAUCAUAAUAAUAACAACGAUCAUAUCUCUCACCAAUAUUGUCAUAAUCAGCUUAGUCAUAUUAGUACCCAUCAUAAAAGUUGUUCUAAUCAUCACCAUUAUAAUCAUAAUAGUACAAAUGAAAUCCACCAACAAGAUCGUACACACAAUCACAGUCAAUAUCAAGCGCAAGAGUAUAAAACCCUGCAGUAUAGCUACAGUGUCAUUUCCUCUAGCUCUAUAACCGAUUCCACAUCGAUCUCUAGUUCUGCAUCUGCUUCCACCUCGGAGCCAGCAUUUGUCACUUCAUCACCAUCACUAUGUUCUCCAGUUGCCGUGAACUCCACCACCAACAAUUUUCUGCACCACCCCAAUCACAAUCCCAAUCCACCCCCCUAUUCACAAUUUAGACAUCUUUUGAAUAAUAUUGCAAUUUCAUCCCGGUCGUCAUCAAAAUGUUUUGAACCUACACCCGAGACUUGUAAAAUAAAUGAUCACUCAAAGAUUACAAAUGGGAAAUUACAUAGUCACUUAACACCACUCCUGAUUUCCCAUCCAUAUAGCGCAAUAUCAGCUACUAAAACCAUCUCGAUAUCCAAAUCCCACUCUUCUAACAAUUGUCUAGAUCCGCAUACCAAUUCUCAAAAUAAGAAAAUUCCAAAUCCAAACAUUAAUACAUAUAUACAACCGCAUCAAAGUCAAAGUCGAAGACAUAUUCAUCAAAAUCGACAACUAUUCGGCACUCACGACUACAAUCUAGGGUUGUCUCUAAAUCAUGAUAGUCAUGGUCAUAAUCAUUACCGCAAUACAUUAAAUUUGAAUAGUAAAAGUGACAAUGAUAGUAGCAAUCAUCAACAACAUAAUCAAAGUAAAAAUCACCAUCACAACUCGAGCAAAAUCCCAACACACCAACAUCACAACCUCAAUCAGAAUAUACCGACUAACCUCCAAUCCUACCUCCCGCUAACAAAUACAAAUAUAAUUGCCACACACACUACAAAGUCUACAACAACAACUGAAAAUAGUAAUUGUACUGAUGAUGUGAAUGUAACUUCUUGUACUGACAUAAUUUCUCAACGUGAACCAACGUAUCCACCAUUAUCUGCACCACGCCAACAAAUGAUGCAACAACUGGUGAAUAACGCUCAAAUACGCUGGCGGCGACCACAACGUCAACCCCAACAACAUAUGCCUUUAAAAACGGUAACAAUGCCAACAAUGGCAACAACAACGCCUACAACAACUACCACAUCUGUCUCAUCUUCGCAACAACAAUCACUACACGAUCCACUAUCACGGCAUCAAUGCGCUGCGAGUACAUCUUUAAUGUCUUCCCGAUGUCUACCGACAACCGCUACAACAACAUCAACGACAAUUACAUCCAAACGAUUAAUAUUAAAUGAAAAUAAUCAAAAUUACAAUAAUAAAAAAAUAAUAAUAUCAAAAACGAAUGUACCUGACACAACGAUGACAACAACAUCAAUCGUCACAUCGAUCUCACCAACGACGACGAUGUCAACAAUAUCUGUAACUUCAACUUCACUUUCCACGGUAACUUCAAAACCGUCAAUCAUUCAAAAACCACGCAACUCCGAUUUCAUUCGAAACCCGCCCAUUUCCGAUUUCAUUUCCACGCUUUCUAAUUGUACUCCUUCCAACUGUAUAUCUACUCGACCUUCAUCUUUUGUGCCAAUUUUUUCCAACGAUCCUUCUUCUACUACUACUGGAAUGUCUACGAUCGCAUUGGAAACAUCGUAUGCUGUCGAUUUUGAAUCUUCCACCGGCAUGGUAUCGGCGCCCGUUAACAACAUAAAUUCAUAUAACGAAAACAAUAACAAAAAUAUCAAUAAUAUUUCUAAACGCAACCAAAAUAUACAAAAUGAAAAUAAUAAAACACAUUCAAAAUUCUUAAAUGAUUACAAUGAUAAUAACAUCAGUGGCAGCAGUAGCAACAACAACAUUAACGGCAACAGUAACAACUAUCACCAGCAAUUCAAUAAUAUGAGCAUGGGUCAGCAAUCUCAUUUGCGACAUAUUCGCUUUACCAAUAAUGGGCGUGGCAUGGAUAAUGGCAGUAAUCAUAAUGAAUUUAAUAUGAAUAGCAACAACAAUUAUCGACGAGGAGGCGGAAACCAAAGCAACAAUAAUAGUGGUAAUAGUAUCCCGAUGAUCCAUCGUCACAAUAAUGAAUAUUAUGGCAACAAUCAUCACAAUUAUCAACACCAUCAGUAUAAUGAACAUAGUCGGCGACACAAUAUCAUUAAUAGCAGCAGCAGCAGCAAUAGCAACAGCAACAACAACAAUAACAAUAGCAAUAGCAGUAAUGCAUCUAACUCAGGAUUAUUUGAUAGAAAUCAUAAUAAUAGCAAUAAUAACAAUAACAAUGUCAAUGUAAAUCUGCAUGGCAAUAGUGUUAGCGGCAACAACAGUGUGCAGUUUGAUGGCCCUAGUAGUAACAAUCAUUCCCGAAUUGCUGACUUUCACGCGGACAAUCGCACAGAUCGUGGUAGCAUAGCCGAUGUUAGUAGUAAUGGUUCUGGCAGUCAGUUUGGCUACACUACGGGAAGAAAUAGUCAUAAUUAUGGACGCAAUGGCCACCAAAAUAGCAGUUCCGGUAAUUACAGUUACCAUCACUAUCAUCACUAUAGCAAUAAUGGACCAUCAACAUCAGCAUUAGUGAGUAGUGUAUCCAACCUUUUAGAUGGGCCAAGUGGCUCGUCUGGAAUUAUGGGAUCUACUUCUUCACUAAGCAGUGGCCCCCAUGGACUAAAAUCAGAUAGUCCAUCGCGAAAGAGGCGGCGCAUAUCUGGACGCAUGCCUAGCCAGUCACCACCAGCGAUAUGGGAACAAAGACGUUCCCCUCGAAAUCAAGGGCAACAGGGAAGUCCUCCGAUACGCCGUCCCCGUUUGCAUGAUUCUGGGUCAUCUCAUCAUAAUCGCGGCCAUCAUGUCAGUAACAGUAGUAUUUCUGGUAAUAGUAUCAACAAUACUAAUGCCAACAACGUUAUUGGAAACCAUUUGCAAAGUUAUCACCAGCCACAACAUUCAAUACAACCUACGCCAUAUUACCUCCGACAGCACAUGCCACCACCACCCGCUCUUCCACAACAGCAACAACAGCAGCAGCAACCACAACCAUUACCGCCAACGCAUCAUCAAACACAAUCUUUACCACAACCACAGCCACAAAUCCAGCAACGUUCACCAUGGGAGCAUUCACUAUCUGCUGCUGCAGUCUUACCUAGUUCAAAUCCAGCGCCGGUGGCCGUGAACGCUUACAUGCAGCAAACUCCUCCUCCACCACAGUCGCCUGGCCAUCAUCAUCAAACAUCCUUAGUGGGAGCGCCACCGCCACCACCACCUUUGAUGUUGGACAUCAAUCAGGUUCCUGUUAGUCUUCCUUUACGACACGCCGAGCCAAUUUGGGCCUCAAUCUGCACUUAUCCAGCACCACCACCUCAAGCUAGAAUAGCACCUUGUCAUCUGCAUGGUAUUUAUACACAACCGUUCACAGCUCAAGCAUGCAAUACACAUCCCAGUGCUCAAUUCACACAAGGCCCAGCAGGUUUUGCAGCAACCAGCGGCGCUCCAAUACAAAUGCCGCAACCACAACAGGUGCAGGUUAGUGCAGCUGCAGCUGCACAGCAACAACACACGCAACAGGCUGCUGCCCUUAUGGCAGCCGCUUCAGUCGCCGCUGCCAACUACCAACAUGCUCAAUUUACCCAACAACAACGUACUGAGGCAGCAGCAGCAGCAGCCGCUGCAGUAGCGGGUCUUUCCCUCGAACAAGCCGGCGUCCAUCAUCUAGAUGCACAUCAAGGACACCAAGCUGCUAUAUCCACUUCUCCGGCACAUCACAAUCAAUUGCAAGCCACACCAAUUCAUAUAACCUCCAUGUCAGCGGUUGCAGCUGCAGCUGCACAUCACCUGCGUACUACCGCAACAGCAGCGGUACAAAUGUCUGCGGCACCACAACCGAUUUUGCUUUCCGCAGAGAGACGUGUUUUUCCGCCACAUCGUCGUAUUACCCGCUUCUGGCCGUCAAAUCAUCCGCAUGGACCACACAGGCAUAUGCUUUCACCACCGACUCUGGCUCCACACCAAGCGACUCCUGUACAAAUUCAGACAACAACUGGAAUCAUUAAUCCGGGCUUCUUACUUAAUUUCCUCGCCAUGUUCCCUCUCUCACCUUAUAAUCAACAUGAACUAAACUCACCAGAUUCAAACGAGACGGAGAAUUACGAAGCAUUGUUAAGUUUGGCAGAGCGUUUGGGUGAAGCUAAGCCACGUGGCUUGGCGCGAAAUGAAAUCGAUCAGUUGCCAAGCUAUAAGUAUAAUCCAGAUACACACAGUGGUGAUCAAACAUCUUGCGUCGUUUGCAUGUGCGACUUUGAGUUGAGGCAAGUGCUCCGUGUGCUACCUUGUUCACAUGAAUUCCAUGCAAAGUGUGUGGACAAAUGGCUAAGGUCAAAUCGAACCUGUCCGAUUUGUCGGGGAAAUGCUUCUGAUUACUUCGAAAAUUCAGAACAACAACAGCAGCAACAAACUCAACAAACACAGUCUCAAAUGCAACCACAACCUUCAACGCAACAACAAUCUCAAACUCCGGCAACUACAACGCAAACUGGGACCGGGCAACAGCAGACACAAGCAACACAUGCACAUUAAAUGAAACGAUAUAAUGGGUAUGGAAAGUAAAAUAAUAGAGUAUGGAAAAUAAAUACAUAUGUACCAAAUAUUGUAAUGUAACAGUAAAUGAUUUUAUUAUAAACAUAAAAUCAUAAAAGUCAGGCACUCUUCUAACGUCCACGUCCAAUAGAUAUAUUUGUACUUCUUCGUGUUUCCAGUGAAACCACCUUUAAGCUAGAAAUUUACUACAAUCUUAGUAAAAAAUAUAAGGUAUCUAAAAGUAGCGACAUACACACGCCAUUCAAAUUGAUAGCUCCUAAAGGCACAUAUAUACACAUAUGUAUGUAUGUAUUUAAUAAAUUGUUGUUAAGAAUACCAAGUAAAAGGAAAACACACUAAAGCGCAAAUUUCGAACUAAAGGUAAAAGUGGAUUAAUAUAUAUUCUAUAUAAUGGAAUGCAAUUAGACAUUUACAUACAUACGUACAUAGAUAUAUCACAUUGUUCUUCAGGCAUUGAGUGUAUGGACAAAUUUUGUUUUUAUAAAUAACAUUUCUCUAGUAGUUUAGUUAUGUAUGUAGGUGUGCAUGUCUAUUAAUGUAACAAAUUUCGUACACAAUUUGUAAGCUUCUAGUUGUGGCUAAUGUUAUAUAUGACAAAGAAAAUAAAUAAAUCGAAAUUCAAGUUAUAUGGCAAGUUGCUUUGUUUGGAUAGAGUUUAUACUAUUCCGGUACACUAAUUAUGCAUUACUUGCUGAAUCUUUUCGACAGAAUCUUCUCAAUAAACUUUUUCCUGAUCUUCAACUACUGUCCCAAAAAUAAUAGAAAACUAUUUGAUAUGAUAAAAUUAAAAAUAUUGUGUCAUAAAAUUAAUAUUUUUUUACUUACAACCAAUAAUUUCAAUUUAAUGCAUGUACAAUUUCUUCUUACAAUGUUAGUAUAUGAAUGUAUGUAUGUGUAUGUAUACUGCACUAUUUGAUAAUAAAUGUCGUACUGUUAGACUUAAGUUAAGCAAAAGCUUAGUGUAAUAAUUUUCCAUAGACAGAGACACCAACCAGUUCCAGGCUGUUUAGACGUAAAAAAUAAACAUACACCAUAAUUGUAGACGGAAAUGUUUUGUAUACAUCUAUCUACAUAUGUUUAACAAAUGAAAAAAGUUAAUUGCCUUCAAACUACAACGAAUAUGUAACGUUUUCAAGUAGCUAUUAUUGAAAUAUUGACUAAAGACAAAAUCAAGCAGUGCAGAUGCUGUAACGCUGUAACUAAAUAUGUUACAUAGUGAGUAUUCACAUACAUGCAUUCUAAAUGUAUGAAAAGCACAAUACACGUAAAACAAAACACCAAAGUCCAGCCGAAAGCAUAGUCACAUUUCUUCGAAUUUGCCAACAACAAUAUUUUAGCACCCACUAAACUGCAUAAUGUAACCGAAGCGAACCUCUAAAAUUUACUUUAUUAGCAAUUAUUCAGAAAUGUAUGUAUUUAAAUGGUGUAAUAUUUAAAAAUGUAGAAAUUUUUAGUGUACUUGUCUUCCUUUUUCUUGGAAAGCUAAUUAAAUUAACAAAAAACAAAAAACUUUAUAAGCAUACAUUUGUUUCCGUAUCUUUGUAUGUUUGUGUGUGUGAAUGUCAAUUUGGACAACAUAAAUGAAAUACACGCUAAUCCCGUUAUAUUUGUAAGAGCUUCCAUUACUGAAAUCACGCUAAAUUACACAUGUGAGUUUACAUGGAGACCCUAAAAAAUCAAAACGUUCAUUAUAAAAAUUACAACCAGUUUUCGUGAAUU